AGGGUUCUCUUGCUGUGCCAGAUGGUGCGCCGGAGAGUCACUCCACUGCGUCUGAUAACAGCGGACGUUCAGAAGACGAGGCCGAAGAGGACAAACACAUCAAAGGCAAACCACGCAAACGAUCACCCAGAGCAAAACCUGACAACAAGAAGAAGAGCGCACCCCCAACCGCUGCACCGGCCACGGGAGGUGUGGCUGGCAUAGACACAGGCAUUCAGAUAUACGCCAGGCAAUCCCGUUUCCAUACAGAACUCACCGACAACCGGGGCGGCGAUAUUGAGGUGGAUCUCAAGGACGUGACCAUUGAGUUCUACGGCAAAGAGCUGCUGGCCAAUGCGAAAAUCAAGUUACACAAAGGCCGAAAGUACUGUUUUAUUGGACGCAAUGGCUGCGGCAAAACAACACUCCUCAAACAAAUGGCCCAACAGACCAUCCCUGGGUGGCCCAGAAGUGUGGUCACGCUUAUGGUCGAGCAGGUGUGUGGG